UGGCGCCUGAUACUCGAAGACAUUUCGUUCCGCUUGGAUAUGAAGACAAGCAAAUAAUGGGUUGUUUCAGGUGGAAUUUUACCAGUUGAGCUUGUUCGUGUACUUCGGCACACGGAGACUAGUGCUGGUAAUGACUAAUUUUGCCCUGCGGAGAAGCUGCGUUUGUCCUUGCCGGUUCUGAACGACAAAAACCUCCAUGACUGUAAAGCAAUACACACCCAUAAUGUCAAAUCGCAAUUGGGAAGUUUUUCCAGGGAGAAACAAGUUUUACUGCGAUGGAAGGAUUAUAAUGGCGAGAAAUAACGGCGUAUUUUAUUUUACCGUGGUGCUUAUUGUGGUAACCAGUGGACUUUUCUUUGCAUUUGAGUAAGUAUGGAGCUGAGUCGUUCCUUCACUUCGAUCAUGAGGUCAUUUCUCAAAUGUAACGAAAAGUUGGAAAUUAUAUAAACACAACGAAUCUUUUAAUCUUUUCGCUGUGGAUCACUCAGACAGCAGCUUAAACAAGACAGCGAUCGUUUUUCCAGUUGUAUACAAUUUUUUACACCUGUGUACUAAAGUGAUAUACAAACAAUUUUAAUUUUCUCAGCUGUUUUGCAAAAUAUUUUCCGUAUUCAGGGUAUUCAACUUGUUUUGUAGUUUGCUCUAUGAAGUAAAUAAUGCAUCUUUGCCCACUAAUUAGCUUUGCAUUUGUUCAUAAUCACUUGCGUUUUAUUUCAGCCUCCAUUUAGGUUUUCCUAUAUCGAAUUAUUUUCUUUUUUGAAAUUUUUUCGACUCUAGCUGAUGUAAGCCGGAACGUCUACAUUGUAUGCAUGCGAUUUUCUGAGCAUAAUUUUUAGAACAAUAAAUAAAUUAUACUGAUUACCCUGUGACCAAACAAAGGUCCAUUUAGUUACUCUGUGGCUGCAACAGUGUAUUGGAAAAAGAUAACCUACGAUCUUAUUAAUUUUUGAAGAUUGAAAUAAUUUUGUAUUUGGUGUUGGAUUUAUAAAUUACUUAAAUUUCUAAUUUCACAUAGAGCCAAAAAUGUUAAGACAAAAUUGUCUUGUAGCAAUGAAUCUGAUGCUACUAUUUUGCAAUCUGCUCAUAUUUAUGGUAGCAUUGAAUGGUAUCUCCAUUUUUCACUGUACAGCUGGAACAUUUAGUGGUUUUUGAUGAAUUAUUCCACAGAAACACAUUUGCAUGGAACGAAAAGUCUUGCAAAAUAAAUGGAGGGUAAAUUUAUCAUAUGUACAUUCUGACCCUCGGCUCAUAAUAAAAACUGUUCAGGAAUACAGAGAGGUAGUGGGUAGGGGUGUUGUCUGAUUUUAGUUUUCUUGUGUCAGUCUUCAUCAUGUAUAUGCUCUAAAAUUUAAUAGAAUUCUGUGAAAUGUCAUUAAGAGGUUAAGUGCCGCAUAACUUAACAAGUUUUAAGACUUUAAGAAUGCAUUUUGGGUUAAAACACAUUUGCUCAAAGAACAAAAAAAAAAUCACCAAUUUUGCAUGCUCUACUGCAUGUGAAAGAGGAAUGCUUUUGGCUUGCCAAGUACAUAGACCUUGUUAGAGGGGGAUUGAUAUGUGGGAAGGUAUUCCACAUGUGACUUCUUUUGCCCAAUGAAACUCUGAGGUGGAAGUCAGAGCUUUGCUUGUGAGCAAGACAAUGUUUAUUUUCUAUGCAGUGCUAUUGUUAUCAAUACAAUUGUAAAUAUUACAGAUGUUAUCUUUUUAAGUUUAAAAUGGGAAUAGUCAGUAGCAUUUUGCACAAGAACUCUUUCCAAAAAGGUGAAUUUGUUAAUCAAGUGAUUGUUUGUAAAAAGAUUGACAUGGAUUUGUCAAAAGCAAAUACAUUCAUCUACACUACAAAUAUGUUAACACUGUUGCUAUAUUUGUGACUACAGAAAUUUUGAAUUAUGCAGUAUAGUAAAACUAAGUUUUUUUCUCAUAGUGAAUAGGAUUUGUCCAGAAUACAACCACAAGAAAAGAAAUGUUUUCACUUUGUUCUGUUUAUGGUGAUUUGAUAAAUUUUAUGCUUUGGCCGCAAUGUGCAAAUCAGUUUUUAAGACCAAAUUUGGUAAUUGUUUUUGGAAAGAAACUACAAACUUAAAGCAAUUACUGGUAUAUACAUGUACAUGUACAUGUACAUGUAGGUCUGCAUGAUUUCUUUCAGAGUAAGAGUUUAGUUUGUCAUUGUAAAUACUGUCUUGUCUGAAGAGCAUUUUAACUUAUGAAAAUUGUUUUAUGGUCUGUCAAUGCUGUUGUUUCCUGCUCCUCUGGUACCUUAUCUGUUCAGCUAUUUUCAUGACAAUUGAUUUUGUUCAUUUAGGAAUCACAUAUAUGUAUGACUUUUUCAGGGGCUGAUUAUUUUUACUGUCAGUCACAUAUUCUCUACAAUAUGAAAUCAGGAUUGUUGAAUGAAAUAACAUUCUUUAGUUGAUAUCUUUUUCUCUUCUUAUCACCUAUCUACUUGAUAAUAUAUCAGAAAUGUUAUGAAAAUUUUCUCCUUAGUCACUUCUGGGGUUGUAAAGGUUAAUAGAAACAUUUUUGUCAUUGAAAUAAUUGUUUUCCUGUCAGUAGUUACCAGUAUGAUAAUUUGUUAGUGUAAUUCACAGAGGUUAGUCUGUGUAGAGUUGAAUUGAAUUAAUUUUUAUGAAUCUUUCCCCCUUGUCUUUUUACUUUGCAGCUCUCGUUACUUGUAUAUGCAUGUUUCUCCAGCUGUCCCAUUCAUUGCAGCAUGGUUAUUUAUCUUUGUCAUGUCAACACUACUUCGCACAGCUUUCAGUGAUCCUGGUAUAGUACCUCGAGCAUCAACCGAAGAGGCAGCUUAUAUUGAAAAAACUUUAGGUGAGAAAAGAAGUAAAGUCAAUCAAAUUACUAUUGUACCGAAGAUAGUCAGCUUGAGUGCUCAUAAUUAGCCUAAGUUUUAAGAAGAAGAAAGGUAUUGGGUUACUCCCAUUUCUAUGAAAUCUUGAAAGUUUUGCAUCAUUAUUACCAGUAGGUUCUCCUCUCAUGUGCCAGUUUAUCAAGUUUGCCUGGUUAGUGGAGUAAAUUUUGCCAUCCAUUCAUAUGGGAAUAUUCUGUCAUGCUGUAUUGUUGAGAUCUCAGCCUGGUUGUUGUUAUUGAUAGCAGAAUUUUCAGUCCAGUUACCCAGAUAAAGUCUCAUUCUCUCUUUAUUCAUGUGAGUUACAAAACUGGGAUGCUUGUAAAGGGAGAAAAUCAGACUCCAUACAGAGAUCUUUUUCACAAAAAUACGACAUCUUAGAUUUUGCGUGGAUUUAUAGAGUUCAGAGGAAAGACCUUAAAAGAUCAGCUAGGAAAACCUCGGGAAAUAAACAAGCUUGGUUGAUUGGGUAAACAAAUGUGUGAACAUAUUGGGAAAAUUUCAAGUCAUUUUUGCCUAUCUUGGAUCAAAUUUCAUUGAAACCAGCUUGACAUAGUUUUGCUUGUCUUUUCUUCUUUCAGAAACUCCAAAUCAAGAUUCUCAAACAUAUAGGCCUCCUCCCAGAGUGAAGGAGAUCUCAAUAAAUGGACAAACUGUUAAACUUAAAUUUUGUUUUACCUGCAAGAUAUUUAGACCUCCUAGAGCAUCACACUGCAGUAUGUGUGACAACUGCGUAGGUGAGUAGAAAUCAAUCAGUGGAAGUUUGGUUGUGGCAAUCUUUUUGAGGCUUUCAAGGUUUUCAGCUGGCAUCAGACCCUGGAAAAUUCUUCAGCUAUAUGUACAAGAAAGAAUUUUUAAGGGAGUUUUCCCUAUUGCCUAAGAUGUUUUUAAUGCAGAUGUAGAGAAUAUUCUCUUGUAGCCGUAAUCCAGAUGCGUGGGGUUCUGGGAGAUAUAUUUUUUGAAAUGCAUCUAUGCUUCCAGUGUGCAGUUACGGUCUUAAGCUUUCAUAAUAUUUUCAUGAUUCUAAAUACAGCAACGCUUUGGUUGAUUGUUUCUUAGGUUUAUAAACAUGUUUAAACUGCAUAAUGUUAUGUUUUCUUCUUUUUAGAGCGGUUUGACCACCACUGUCCAUGGGUGAGUAGUUUGUUAGUUUUCAAGUGAGUUUAGGUUACACAUUAAUGCAAGGUCAUUUUUCUGCCCUUUUUUUUCAAUUCCACUGUUUGGUCACAACCCUUCUAAGCAUUAUAACUCAAUUUCUAGAAUUAUAUAGGAGGUGAUUUUUUUUUUUGUUUUUUUGCCUGUAUUGUAUGUUUUGGCCUCUCUUCACUGAGGGGCGUAAUUGGGUACCAGCAAGUUGCUAGGAGCUUAGGGGAGGAAGUUUUUAGUAAUGGGUUUGCAUCCAGUUUCCAGCGGAAGUACAAGCUUUUAAAUCCCAACAUGAUUAGGAAAUGUUUAGAACUUGUUUUAAUGUAACUACUGGUUGGUUUUGAUUGGAUUGCAUUUAUUAUUUUCUUCUAGGUUGGGAACUGUGUAGGGAAAAGGAACUACAAGUUUUUCUUCAUGUUUCUAGUUUCUCUCUCAAUCUACUGUUGCUAUCUCUUUGCUUUUGUUGUAACUCAUCUUGCAUUGUGUAAGUUGGACCAUUUUUACUUACACCUUUGUUCCUAUUCUCCUAAUGGAAUUUUAUGUGAUUGCAGCAAGAGACAUUCAAUAUUUACUAGAUUUUCAUGAACAGAUCAAAUGUGUUGUGGGUCCAUAAUGGUACCAGAACUGUCUCAGUUUAACAUGUGAGGUCUGCUUUGAGUACAAAAAAAGAGAUUGCCAGUGAUAAUUACUAGGGAUGUUCCUUUUUCUGGGAUGGGCAAAAUAAGGUAAUUUCAUUUUGGGAGUGUGAGUGGGACAGAUGGGAAGUGUAAUAUUUAAGAUGCAAAGAAUAUUUAACUUGUAAACCCUUUUUAUCAGCAAGUUCUCUCUGCUGUGGCCAUUUUGGUCUUCUUUAGGCUCCUGCAGGGUAGAAGACUCCAGAGAUCCCAAAGAUCCCUUUUAGGAGCUGCUGGUUAACAACAAAAGUUAUCAUUGACAGUUGUUACAAACUAGUAAAUCCAUUGGAAUGUUACUUGAAUAGUGUCUGUAUAUCUUUUACAGUAUCUCAAGGAGAGGAAAGUUCAUUUAUUUCUGCAAUGAAAAAGUCUCCUGCUAGAUAUCCUUUGAAUUAAAUAUUCAGAUGAAUUCAAAUAUUCAAAUGACUCAGUGAAACUAUCUUAACAUAUGAUUUUAAGUUCUUUAAAUUACAUGUGAAGUGUAUCGGCUUAGUGGUAAAUGCUGCCACCUGGGAGAAAAAAAAAAGGGGGGGGGGCUAUAGCUAGCCAAGUCAUUGUAUCAGGGUAGGGUAGUUUUAGUGAAUUGUACUGUAUUUAUUUGGUGUAGUGUAAAGUGACCACUGUAUGGCUGUCUCACUGUCCUUUUCUGCACCAAAGAGUAUUAUUGGAUUGCAAUGAAAGUGACCUGUCAGGAAAGUUAGGAUAAUCCGGAUAAUCCUACUAGCAGUUGUCUCUCUUCAUGCUUACUGAAGACAGACUGUUAACUGAUUUUUCCUUGAAAUUCUUUGACGUACCUAGUUUCUCAAGCAAGUAAACUCUUUAAUUCAACUGAAUUCAAAUGACUCUUCUACCCACAUACUUGAAUAAAGAGAGUCAAAGCAAAUUUUCAGGAAACUGAAUUUAGUAGGUUAAGGGAAAAAGUGUUGUAGCAAGCAAUAGGAACAUAAAAUGAUAAAAAUAACUGAGCAUAUAAUUAGAUCAUGUCACACAGUACUUGCACAGUUACAUUUUUCAUGAUUACUGAUUGUGUCCUUAACUUUUUGUACUAUCUUAGAGGCUAUUAUUUGCUUUUUUUCAAUCUGGUCAAUAGUUGGAUUGACUGGUUUUCAUUCAUAUUUGGUUGGCUCAAAUCAAACUACAAACGAAGAUGUAAGUUCUUCAUCAAUAAUAUCAAACAGGUGCAAAGUUAUACCCUUAUUAUGGCCCAUCUUUAAAUUUGUUAUCAUAGAAUAAGCACAGAGUACCUUCUUGUCUCAAAACUCUUGGUUGACCAGAUUGUAAGGGGUUUCUUUAACCCUUUAGACCCCAACAUCAAUGAUCAUAAUCUCCAUACUGUUCUCCAUAAAUUUUCUGAGGUGCUGACAAGGAGAAUGAGUUUAACAAUCAAGAGUUUCUUUAGUUGGUGAUCAUUUCAUUUAUUCUUGUGAUGUUAAUGUGUGAUUUAGGGAUAGUGUUGUAUGGAGAAAUUCAAUGCUAAUCACUCUUGGAGAUUAGAGGAAUGGGAAAAAUUAGUGCCAGGUUGCCUAAGUACAGAAGAGAGUUGCCUGUGGUACUCGGGCUCUGUUUGAGCACAGUCCAGAUCCUACAGUGAGAUUUUUUAAAUUGUGCUUAUGUUAUGUUAGUAAUUAUAAUUAUUUCUUCCCCUUGAUUUGACAGAUUAAAGGAUCAUUUUCCUCACGAAGUGGCCAAGGAAAUGUCAAUCCUUAUAGUCGGGGCUCAGUAUUGAAAAACUGUGCUGAAGUUCUUUGUGGACCACUUCAGCCCAGGUACGGUAGUUCAGCAGCUUUCACACAAAAAUGAUAUUGGUUAUAAUUAUGAUUAUGCGAAUGAUGAUGACUAUAAUAUAAUUGUUAAUAGUGACAACAAUGAGCAUGAUGUCUGUUGUGAUGGGCUGGUUUUCAACUGCUGUAAUUGAUGGAUUCUGAUCCUUAUGGCCAAGGGACAACUGCUCUAAACCAAAAAAUCACAGAAAAGCAUAAUAUUUUAUAAGAAUCAAACACAGUCAACUUGCUGUAAUUUACAUCUUUGUUGGGAUUGUUGUUGUUUUUGGGUCAAGUCUCACAGCUGCUUUUGUUUGAUAGUUUAAUAAACAGAAGAGGUGUUAUUAUCCCUGAACCUCCUGAAUCAGACAAGUAUGGGGCAGUAAGGACAUCAACAACAGCACCCAUGGUGAGUGAUAUAGAUAAAUCUGUUUUACUUCUUUGCAGCUGAAUUGGAGCUGCUGCAGCUGCAGUGUGUAGAUAAACCAAAACCCUGGCUGGAUCGCCAAGGGUCACAUUGUGGUGCAUUUCUAAGUAGCCUCAUCUUCUUUGUCAUGGCAAGGCCUGACUAACUCAAAUCAUGCUGAAGGAUCACAAUCAUAAGUUUUGUUUGUGUGAUUUUUUAAAUUUUGUUUUGGCUUGUAUCUGCUAGAAUUGCCUUUUGACCAACUGAACAAUGUCGUAUGUCGUUCAGAUAUCUAUGAAGUACAUAAUCUACGUGUCUAAACUCUCAAGUACAUGCGUUAUAUAAUCUGUUUCUUUCUAUUGCAGUCCCCCACACAAUUAGGCUCAACAAAUGGUGUCAGACAUGAUGCCAGUAGAGCAGAGGGUGAACAAAACAAGUUAUUACCCAAGGCACAAGAACAAGACAGUCUCCAAGCUGACAGUGAAAAGGGACUUGUUAAAUUAAGCAGUGUGUGAACAAUAACCUGUACUUACACGUGUAUGGAUCUACAGUCUUAACGUUUGUUCGGUGUAACAACAGUUAAAACAUGGAAUUAAGUUUCAGUAUUGAAGGUUCCAUCUGUGUUUGUCUCAGGGUCGAGGGUGUUGUUUUACAGGUCCCAUGUAAUGUACCAUUUUGUCAGUAGAAGGGAUUAGCACAAGACUGGAGCAUUUAUCCAAAGGAAAAGCAAUGGACACUACUUACAGCAAAGCAGUACACCCAUUAUGAACUUCAAGUAAUGAUCAACUAACUAAAUCAAUAGCCCCAUUUUAUUACUUAUUGUAGGAGUCCUUGCAUGUAUCAAGCCAUGAUACCCUAUGACAAGUGCAGAGUCAGGGUUUUGCUCUGAUUUCUGAGGUGACCUAAUGUGUCUGACAAGCAGAGAGCAGUGGAGAUCAAUAGUUACUGAUUCAUAAUAUUUUCUAGGCUGAAUAUUAAGGUGACAGCAUGAGUAGCCAACAAAGCCAUGCAUGUAGAAACUGGCAAAGCUCCUCUGCCUCUGGCCCUCAUUUACAAUCCUGCUGUAUAUUUUAGUUAAGAUUAUCAAACAACGAGCUUGACAUCAACAUUUCAGAGAGUAAACCAAGCUUUAAGGGUAUCCACACUGACAAUAACUUGUAAUUUUACUGGUCAAUAUCUCACAAUUGUACCCAGCUCUUAGUAUUUUAUGCUGUUUUACAGCUAAGUGUGUGAUUUCCUUGAAUUUCAUCUUAUGCAUUUCAUUGUUAGUGGAAAUCAAAAUACAUGUCUUGAGCACUAAUUCAAAUACUAAUGAAGAAUGUCAUGGUUCUCCAAGAACUUUACACCCUGAACAGCUUUGGUUUACACUCACUUGAGAAUAUUUCAGGCAAUCAAUCAUUUUAGGUUUUUCAAAUCAGUAGGAACAUCAUUAGGAAAUACAACUACUGAUCAGAGGUUGUCUCACAUUUGAAGGAAAUUGUGACUCUUUUUAGUACUGUUAUGGCCUGUUGAUUUACAGUGGUUUCCAGAUAUUGUAAGACGUGACAAAUAACAUUGAAAAUGUACUUGAUAAUUAAAGUUUUGGUUUUGGAAUUGAGGGUAGUAUGUUACUGUUUUUGAUCUAAGUGGUC